UCACCGCUCAUGGAGAGAAACUGCGGAGGUGCGUCUGAGGAACAGCGAGUUUGCUUUGGAUGAAUCCAUCGGUUUUCUGACUCCUGGACUCAUUCGCCUGCUCGUUGGUAAAACCCUGCUGAGCCGAAUCUCGUUCACCUGCGGACUGAUCAACAAAGACAAACGUUCCUUUGUUUACAGAGGAGGACUAACAACUCGACCUUUCCGUUCAACGGGACUUAUUCAGACUGCUCACAGAAUGACAGCGGUUUUCAGUUCGGUGCACACAAAAUUUGACCACUAUUAUAAUCUUACGAUAAUCGCCGUCCCUUGUGACCAUGUCGGUGCUCGGCCCGGCCCCCAGCAGCGCCGACGCCUGCCUCAGCAUCGUCCACAGCCUGAUGUGCCACCGGCAGGGGGGAGAGAACGAGGGCUUCGCCAAGCGGGCCAUCGAGAGCCUGGUGAAGAAGCUGAAGGAGAAGAAGGACGAGCUGGACUCGCUCAUCACCGCCGUCACCACCAACGGCGUCCAUCCCAGCAAGUGUGUCACCAUCCAGAGGACGCUGGACGGGCGGCUGCAGGUAGCAGGUAGGAAAGGUUUCCCUCAUGUGAUCUAUGCCCGUCUGUGGCGUUGGCCUGACCUCCAUAAGAACGAGCUGAAACACGUAAAGUUCUGUCAGUUUGCAUUCGACCUGAAGUACGACAGCGUGUGUGUGAACCCCUACCACUACGAGAGGGUGGCGUCCUCCGCCGCUACAGCUCCUCAGUCACUGAUAAAGGAAGAGUUCAUUCAGGACUGCCUGCAGAUCGACCUGCCCCCCCAUCCCGACCCCUACAACCAGCCCCGCCCUGUCAGCAUGUAUCCCAGCAUGCCUCUGUCUCCUCCAGGCAGCAGCUCCAUGACGCCUGCAGCUCUGUCUGCCGGCGGAGUUGUUUGUGGUAGGAGUGGAGGCGUCGUCACCGGGGGUCUCGGUGGGGGUGUCGGUGUCGGCGGCGAGGGCCCGGGUCUCCUUCAGAUCGCCCCACCUCAGAACCACGGGGGUCAGGCCUCACCGCCUCACCCAAACCCUCCCCGCACCCCUCAGCCCCCUCACCCUCCCACCCCCACCUCACCACAACAGCAGAGCCCCGAGUACAGCAGCCCCCCCAAAAAUGCCACCUGGACAGUAAACAGCCCCGCCCCCUACAGCCCCGCAGGACCUCAACAGAGUGGGCGGAGCCACCAGCAGCCUCCAUUACAUCAACAUCACCACGCCCCCAGUACUCACUUCUGGUCACAGCAUCACAGUACUGCUCCGUAUCCACAACCAGUGUCCAACCACCCAGGUCCAGAGUUCUGGUGCUCGAUCUCGUACUUUGAGUUGGACGUUCAGGUCGGGGAGAUGUUUAAGGUCCAGUCCAGCUGUCCUUUGGUGACGGUGGAUGGAUAUGUGGAUCCUUCAGGAGGAGAUCGUUUCUGUCUGGGACAGCUGAGCAAUGUCCACCGUACUGCUGCCAGCCACCGUGCCAGGCUCCACAUCGGUCGGGGGGUUCAGCUGGAAUGUCGGGGGGAGGGGGACGUCUGGAUGCGUUGCCUUAGCGAUCACUCGGUGUUCGUUCAGAGUUUCUACCUGGAUCGAGAGGCUGGCCGAGCACCUGGAGACGGAGUUCACAAGAUCUACCCCGGCGCCUACAUCAAGGUGUUUGACCUGCGGCAGUGUCACAGACAGAUGCAGCAGCAGGCAGCAGCGGCUCAGGCAGCUGUAGUGACUCAGGCCGCUGCGGUUGUUGGUGUGAUUCCUGGACCGAACAGUGUGGGAGGAAUCGCCCCCGCUGUCAGUGUGUGUUCGGCAGCAGGUCUGGGGGUGGACGACCUGCGCAGGUUAUGUAUCGUGCGUCUGAGCUUCGUUAAAGGUUGGGGGUGUGAUUACCCGCGACAGAGCAUCAAAGACACCCCCUGCUGGUUGGAGGUUCACCUGCACCGAGCGCUGCAACUGCUUGACCAGGUGCUGCACACGCUGCCGCCGCGAGAACACACACUCUGACAAACUGCAACAGGUGUGUGUGUGUGUGUGUGUGUUUUCUCUGAAGGCUGCAGGUGUGUUUGAACCAGUGGAGGAUUCGUCCGCAGCUGGAAACAGAAAAGGAGCUGUGAUGUCAUAUCAUCUGAAUGUCUCUGUGACGGACAGACACCUGACACCAUCCAACCUAACAGGGUUGAUAAGCCCCACCCACCCUGUCCUCCUACAGACAGGUGUAAACAAACACACUGCAGGUCAUUGGUCGGUUCAGACAGGUACAGACCUCCAGGCUUCAGACAAUCAACCAACCACAGCAUCUCUUUCCUCCUGUCAAUCAAAUGAGUUUCCACAGAUACCGGCAUCCAGUGUCACAUGUUAAAGUGUCAGUCCGGAAGAUUCCAGUCCAGGUUGAUUUGGCGCCACCUGUAGUUUCUGGUGGUGAAUGCAGAUGUGGUCUAAAACUACAUGUCCCAGAAUUCCAACCACCGUGGUUUUAGUAAACACGUCGGGCAGCAAUUGUCCUUUUCCCUUCAUUCUGAGAGUCUGAACAUCAGGACACAGUGACAGGAGCUGGGUACCUGGCUGAGGAGGCGGAGGGGGAGGUGGAGGCGGAGGCGGAGGUGGAGCUGCAGCCUGUCGCCUGCAGCUCUUCCUCUAACAGCCACCGUGGCUGCUUCUUACCUGAAAAUCUUCCAGACUGACACUUUAAAGGGUCAGUUCGCACAAAACGUGAAAGACAAAAACCUUCGGUCGUGGCAUCUGUCCAGUCAUAUUUUUAUGGACUAACAAUGGCGACAAAAGAUUUGAGAGCACAAAACUAAUCCUGAGCUGAAUCAGGUUUGAGGAGUCCUGAGCGAUCCUGAGUCCGCUGUCAGUUUCCUGUGGCUGCUCUGGAUUCCGAGCUCCUGAGGUCAAAGGAGGUCACUGAUCCACCGUGUUAGACAGAUGCAGGCAUCGGGGUCGGGUUAAAGUCCACACAAGGUAAAAAAGCAGCUGUUGAAUAUAUUGCUCAUCUGUUAGGACUCGUACCGUUUGUCCUGCAGGUUCAGUUACCGUGAACAUGUGGAUCUGAAGUUCACUGGUAUGUUUGACAUACACCACACCUGUUCUGAAAAAGCUGCCACUCUGAAUGUAGCCACAGCCCAUAUUCAUUUUAGUAUCAUUAUUAUUAUUUGUUUGAAGCGUUAGUUUUUUGGAGUGGAUUAGUUUUUCUCAUCAUUUUCUCUCCAAAAAUUAAUCAUGAAAAUGGAGAAAGAAGUCAUAAAAAACUCGACACCUGCCUCCGAAAAUCAGGGUACAAAACCCAACUGAACUCGAAGAACACGGACGCUUUGAUUCUCAGCUUAUUUCUACUUAGAAAUUAAUGGGACUCUCAGAGAGGGUCCGACGUAACAGCUUCAAAACCGGAUCAUGUGCCAACAAACUGAAUGUGAUUUUGGUCUUUUAGCGUCAACGCACUUUGAGUUUGUGUUCAGGAGGUUCAGACCGAGCGCGAGCAGCUUCGGUCUUUAUAUUAUUGCUGCUCAAGUGUAGUUACACAGUUGUUAGGCUCAUGAUUCUGCACCUGAAUCUGUACCUGUGAACUCUGACGGGUCGACCGGCAGACUGAACACUGGUUCUGUGCUCGGUCACAUCUUUUGUCGUCAGUAAACUUCCGUAGCUGAUUUUCUCUUUUUUUUUGUCCAGGCUUGUAGAUUUCUACUGGUCCCUCAUUUUAACUUCUACAUUACAUACGACGGACCUGGUUCUUGUUAUGCUUCAUACAUCUUAACAUCUCAACUUGAAAACAGCACUCGUCAAAGUUUGAGUCUGAAAAAUAUUCACAAUAUACAGAGGUAUGAAAAAGUUUGGGCCCCCCAGGUCAAAACUUCUGCUACUGUGAAUAGUCAAGUGAGUAGAAGAAGAACCGA